AUGGCUCAAAAUCGGACCAUGGAAGCCCGAACAGGGCGAAAGAACCAACGGUAUGGUUCCAAAGGUGAACGUCUAGUCGCCGGUGUCGUCCCCCUCUCCGCCGAUAAAACCAAAGUCCUCAUGAUCCAAUCUGCUGGACCUGGCGGUUGGGUCCUCCCCAAAGGUGGCUGGGAGACCGAUGAAGCAACAGCUCAGCAAGCCGCCUGUCGUGAAGCCUGGGAGGAAGCUGGUGUCAUCUGCAGCGUCCGCCGCGAUCUGGGAUUGAUUCCCGACAUGCGCCCUUCCAAUGCUUUGACCCCCAGUGUGCCCAAGGCCUCAUACCAGUUCUUCGAAGUAACAGUAGACAAGGAAGAAGCUGAAUGGCCUGAAAAACACAAACGCCAGCGCAAAUGGGUCAGCUAUACCCAGGCGGCCACAGCGUUGGCAAAUCGACCCGAACUGCUAGAAGCACUGAAUCGCAGUUCGCUGCAGCGAUAG